AUGGUAACUGGAUAUCUGUAUUCAAUACCAUCAUUAAUAUUCUUAUACGUGACUUGCAAUGUUCAAUUUCGAUAUGAAGUGUUGAACGAACUUAUGGAAAAUUUAUUAGAAGAGGGAGAAAUGGAAGAUGCUGACUUUCAAAGGAAAAUAUUUUCAAACUUGAAAUUGUGUAUUAUGGUCCACAAUCAAAAUAAAAGGCUUGCUUGUAGAAUGUUGGAUUUAACUGGUGGUUUUACCUUGUGCCUUUGUUUGCUAUCAAUAGUUUCGUUCGCUGCAUUAUCAUUUUUUGUGUUGACUAACAUCAGUCCAAAAAGCAACAUUAGAAUACUGGUAUCAUUGAUAGUAAAUAUAAUAACAUUACUCAUUUUAUGUGAAAUGUCUGACAAAUUGUAUGUUGUCUCAACAAAAUUAUUUGAAAAUGGAAUCAAUUGCCCAUGGUGGAAUUGGAAUAAGGAAAAUCGGAAAAUAUUGUUAAUCUUUUUGAUAAACGCUUCAAAGCCGAUUAGAAUAAACGGAUUUAAUAUAAUUGAUGCAAAUUAUGCAUUAAUAUUAAGGGUAACUAUUAACAUUAUUAGUGUAAAUACACUUAAAUUAUAA